AUGCCCUGUCCACAAAAGGCCAUUGAUGAGCCUCCCUAUCUCACAGUGGGCACUGAUGUAAGUGCCAAGUACAGAGGAGCCUUCUGUGAAGCCAAGAUCAAGACAGCAAAAAGACUUGUCAAAGUCAAGGUAACUUUCAGACAUGAUUCUUCAACAGUGGAAGUACAGGAUGAUCACAUAAAAGGUCCCUUAAAGGUAGGAACUGUUGUGGAAGUGAAGAAUCCAGAUGGAACAUACCAGGAAGCAGUUAUCAACAAAUUGACAGAUGCAAGUUGGUACACUGUAGGUUUGAAAGGAGAGAGGCAUUUUGCUGAAAGUGAGACAUUAGACCAGCUUCCACUCACAAAUCCUGAACACUUUGGGACUCCUGUUAUAGGAAAGAAAACAAACAGAGGAAGGAGAUCUAAUCAUAUUCCUGAAGAAGAAUCUUCAUCCUCUUCCAGUGACGAAGAUGAAGAUGAUAGGAAACAAAGUGAUGAGUUACUAGGAAAAGUUGUUUGUGUGGACUGCUUCAGUGUAGAUAAGAAGAAGGCUCUAUGGUUUCCAGCCUUGGUGGUUUGUCCAGAUUGUAGUGAUGAUAUUGCAGUGAAAAAAGACAAUAUUCUCGUUCGCUCUUUCAAGGAUGGCAAAUUUGUUUCUGUGCCAAGAAAGGAUGUUCGGGAGAUUAGUGAAACUUCACCAAAGCCUGACGCUUUGUUAAAACAAGCUUUUGACCAAGCCCUUGAAUUCCGUAAAAACAGAACCGUGCCUAAUAACUGGAAAACAGAAUUAAAAGAAGACAGCUCCAGCAGUGAAGCUGAAGAAGAGGAAGAGGAUGAGAAAGAAAAAGAAGAUAACAGCAGUGAGGAAGAAGAGGAAAUAGAACCGUUCCCGGAAGAACGAGAGAACUUUCUUCAGCAAUUAUACAAGUUCAUGGAAGACAGAGGGACUCCUAUUAACAAGCGACCUGUAUUAGGAUAUAGAAAUUUGAAUCUCUUCAAAUUAUUCAGACUUGUACACAAGCUUGGAGGAUUUGAUAAUAUUGAAAGUGGAGCAGUGUGGAAACAAGUUUAUCAAGAUCUUGGAAUCCCUGUAUUGAAUUCAGCUGCAGGGUACAAUGUUAAAUGCGCGUACAAAAAAUAUCUCUAUGGUUUUGAAGAGUAUUGUACAUCAGCUAACAUUGAAUUUCAAAUGGCAUUGCCAGAGAAAGUGACAAGCAAGCCUUGUAAAGACUGUGAAAAAGAAAAAGAACUGAAGAUGCGUGAAGAACCAGAUCAGGAUGGAAAAGAAAUAAAAGUGGAUAAGGAGGAGCGCAAACAGGAGGAAGUAGCAAUAGUACAACAAGAAGAAAAAAAGUUAGCUGAGAAUGAUAAUGAAAGUAAAGAAAACGAUAAGCCCUCUGUUCUGGGCAACAAAAAAAAUUUGCCAGAUUCUGUGCAUACUCAACCUGAUCAAGAAAAGGACUCAAAUGUAAUUAAAGCUGAAGAUGAAACCAAACUAGAAGAUAAAGAGGAGGAGAAGACUAAAGAAAUGGAACAUCCUGCCGUAAACGCAGAUGCUGAAGAAAAAGAAAAAUCAGGAGAUGACACGAAUAAGGAAGAAGAUGAAGAUGAAGAAGAGGCAGAGGAGGAGGAAGAGGAGGAGGAGGAGGAAGAAGACAAUAACAAUGAGGAAGAAGAGUUUGAAUGCUAUCCACCAGGCAUGAAAGUCCAAGUGCGGUAUGGAAGAGGGAAAAAUCAAAAAAUGUAUGAAGCUAGUAUUAAAGAUUCUGACAUCGAAGGUGGAGAAGUCCUUUACUUGGUGCACUACUGUGGAUGGAAUGUGAGGUAUGAUGAAUGGAUAAAGGCAGACAAAAUAGUGAGACCAGCUGAUAAAAAUGUACCAAAAAUUAAGCAUCGAAAGAAAAUAAAGAAUAAAACUGACAAAGAGAAGGAAGAGAAGUAUUCUCCUAAAAACUGCAAAUUGCGACGUUUGUCGAAACCACCUUUUCACACCAGCACAUCACCAGAGACUGGGUCCAAACUUGACAGCACUGAAGCCAAAAAUGGUGAACAAGCUCCAGUUAAAUCAAUAGAAAUUACUUCCAUCAUUAAUGGGCUACAAGCUUCUGAAAGUUCUGAUGAUAGUGAGCAGGAAGAUGACCAAAGUGCCCCGAAUGUACAUGCUGCUGGCAAAGAGGAAUCUCAACAUGAAGCUGUAAGCCAAGAUAAAAAUGAACUUUGUCUAAAAGAAGAACAGAGCAGUUCCUCCCUCUCAGAAGAAACUAAAGCUCUGACAGAUGUAGUAGUACCCAAGUCAGGAUCCAAGUCUCCUGAAAGGUUGCGAAAAGAGAUGGAAGAGUUAUCUGAAGAGACUGACUCAGACAGAGAAGACGAAGCUGCAAAGAAGAGAAAAGAUGUAAAAAAGGAGGUAGUGGAUAAAACAGCAAAACCACAGGUGAAACGUGGCAAACGAAAAUACUGUGUUGCAGAGGAAUCCAAUGUAAAGACUGUGUCACCUAACAGAAAGGAUGAGAAGUCCAAAAACAAAGACUCCCUUAGCUUAGAAAACACCAGUAACAGCUCCUCAGAUGAAGAUGAAGAAGAGAAAUCUAAGCUGAAAAUCACUCCAACUAAAAAGUACAAUGGACUAGAGGAGAAAAGAAAGUCUUUACGGACAAGUACUUUCUACUCAGGAUUUUCUGAAGUGGGAGAAAAAAGAAUUAAGCUUCUAAAUAACUCUGAUGAAAGACUUCAGAACACCAGAGCAAAGGAUCGAAAAGAUGUCUGGUCAAGUAUUCAGGGACAAUGGCCGAAGAAGACACUGAAGGAACUGUUCUCAGACUCGGACACUGAAGCUGCUGCCUCCCCUCCACACGCUGCUGCUGAAGAGGCUGCAGCAGAGGAGCAGCUUCAGACUCUUGCAGAAGAAGACAUUUCUUUGCCUGGCUCUGAACUUGAAAAAUCUUUGCCAGCUAAUGUGGACGUUAAACCUGUUGAAGAGAAACCGACUGAAGUGGGUGAAAAGAAGGUUGAAUUUCCAAGCAGUGGCAGUAAUUCAGUGCUAAAUACUCCUCCUACAACUCCUGAAUCGCCUUCGUCUGUAACCGUGACGGAGUCCAGUAGACAUCAGUCCAGUGUCACUGUCUCUGAGGCGCUGCCACCAAACCAAGAAGAGAUAAGAAGCAUUAAAAGUGAAACAGAUAGCACAAUAGAGGUGGACAGUGUUGCAGGGGAGCUGCAAGACCUCCAGUCUGAGGGGAAUAUUUCUCCGACAGGUUUUGAUGCCAGCGUCAGCUCCAGUAGUAGUAAUCAGCCAGAGCCAGAGCAUACUGAAAAAGUCUGUACAGGCCAAAAAAGACUUAAAGAUUCUCAGGGAGGAGGCAGCUCCUCAAAAAAGCAGAAAAGAAGCCACAAAACGUCUGUGAACAACAAAAAGAAGAGUAAAACUACAAACAGCAGUGACAGUGAAGAACUAUCUGCUGGUGAAAGUGUGUCCAAGGCUCAGUCAGCAAAAUCUGUUUCUGCUGGCAUGAAAUCUCACCAAACCAAAUCACUAGCAAGAACACAGUCUCCAGGAAAAUGUGGGAAAAAUGGAGAGAAGGAGUCUGAUCUCAAAGAACAGAAUAAUCGUUUGCCCAAAGUUUACAAAUGGAGUUUUCAAAUGUCCGACUUAGAAAAUUUGACCAGUGCUGAGCGCAUAACAGUUCUCCAAGAAAAACUGCAGGAAAUCAGGAAACAUUACCUGUCCUUGAAAUCUGAGGUGGCUUCCAUUGACCGAAGAAGAAAGCGCUUAAAGAAAAAAGAGCGGGAAAGUGCUGCUACCACAUCAUCUUCCUCCUCAUCACCUUCCUCUAGUUCCAUUACAGCUGCAGUUAUGUUAACUUUAGCAGAACCAUCUAUGUCAAGUUCAUCACAGAAUGGAAUGUCAGUUGAGUGCAGGUGACAGCAGGACUUGCCAAAGCACUUUGCACUUAAUGGCUGCUGAGGGCCACUCUUUUUUUUCUUUCUUCCUUUUUUCUUUUUUUUUAUACUGCACAGUGGCACAAAAUUCAGACAAGCACUAUUUUGUAUUUAAAGUUGUUUCUUGACAAGCUAACUUUGCACUUAAGUGCACUUUUAUGAAGAAAAAGUACAACAAACUGCUUUUCCUCAAGCAAUAAUUGUUUCCAACUUGUCUGGGAAUUGUAAGUCCAGUGACUCGAAGGCCUUCCUUCCACUGUGGCAAAUGGAGGCUGUUCACUGCCUGUAGAGACAGUACAAUGAGCAUAUAGUUGUUGGGUUGAUUUAAAUAAAUGUGGCAAGGCUUACUGUAUUCCCUGGUAUUUUGUUAAAGCUGGAACAUUUGAUAUUUUUCCAUUUAUUUAUGACAAAUAUUGAACCUAUUUUCAUUUGUACAAGCUAAUUGUUUUUUAACUGCUAAGUAAGUCACCUUAUAGUGGCUUUAAUUGUAUACGUCAAGCACAUGUAUUCAAUUCAAAACCUGCAGUUAGUAGGAUGUUUGACAUCAGUCCUGAUAACCAAAUAUGAGGAUUCCUUUAAAAAGAGAAAAAAAGACUGACUAAUGUUUACAGGUUUGAAUUAGGCUUAAAUAGAUUAUUCUGGGUUUUAAGAACCCAAUAAUUGGAAUGAAACUACUGUACUUUGCCAUUUUUCUAUAAAACAGUAUUUUUUUUUUAAUUUUGAUAAAAUACAUUAUGAAAAACAAAGAAAAUGGCUAACAAACUGUAUUAAAUCUUAAUGUAUAAAGAUUGUAUUUAGCCAGUUUAAAGUGUAUAUUUAUUCAUAAUGGAUUAUAACAGUUAUAUUUUUGUGUUUUCUUGUAAAUGUUUCUUUUCCCUUAAAGCAACAGAUAUUUCAUUUGUAAUGCUUAUUUUAUUACGAGCUUCAAAGAGAGGACUUCAAGACAGAGUUAAGGCGUGAGGUUAUAAUUUGUGGUUGCUGAUAUGAACACUGCCACAAAACGGUAGUUGUUUUUAAAAUAAAUAGCUAGCUGAGUGGUAGACAUUUAAUUUUUUAAAUGCCUUGUACAAAUUCCAAAACCAACUUCAAACUGUUUUCACUUGUAUUGAUUUUAUGUUGUAUGGAUCCCAAGCUCUCUCCUGUUAAUUAUAUACCUUUGUAAGACAUUUGUAUAUUGCGGAAGUGUUCAUUCAAGCUAUUUAAUACCUGGCACUGUUAAUACACAGUACUUUAUUGUACAGAUUGUUUUACUGUUUUAAUUGUAGUUCUGUGUACUUCUUUUGCCUGGGGAAAUAGGGGCUGGCAUGUUUUUCUUUGUUUUCUGGCAAUACAACAUGUAAGAAUUCAAAGCAUUUUGUUUGUAGAUGCUAGAGUGUCAGAAUCCUUUACAUUUGACUUUUCUAAGAAAAGCAUUUUCAGUCUUCGUAGUGUGUGCUUAAGGUUAACUGAUUUUAUUGAAAAUGGUUUCAAAGUAUUCAGAAUUGUACAGGACUGUAAAAAUUUGACAGACAUUGAAGGAAAAGCUUAUAGAAAAAAGCUAUAAAAUAUAUAUUAGGUUCUGCAGAAAAUGGAGAAUUAUGUAAUAUAUUGUACAAAUGUAAGCAAAGGCCUCUGAAAUAAAAUGCCAUAGUUUGUGAAUCCUUGAUUUUGUUUCUAACAGUUUAAUUAAGCAAUAGCGUGUGC